AAAAUAAAAAUUAUAGAGUGAAACAGUAAGUAACCAGAGAUGAACGAGUGAGCGGAGAGAGAGAGAGGGCGGAGGGCACCGAGAGAAAAAAAAGACAGGCAGGAAGAGAAAGAGAGCAGGAAUUAGAAAGUAAGAAAACAGUGGAAAAAAAAGAAAAAGGAAAACAGACCAGCCAUAAAAUUCUCCCACGGCGAAAACCUAGGCAACCUCCUUAACAUACCAGCGCCGCCGCUGCCAACAACCACACAGUAUGCCCUUCGCCGGCAGCCGUCUACACCAUCACCGAACUCCACCACAGAUUCCAGCCACACCCACAGCCAUUUGCCUCAUCCGAUCAGCCUUCCCUAAUCAAUCAACACACCACCAAAACACAUAAUAGCCACCAUAGGCCGAGAAACCAAGCAAAUUUCCACCAGAAACCACACCAAAGAAUCCAACAGUGACUGCUGCCUUUUCUCCAAAUAACCAGAUCGUUUUCUGCCUGUUUCUUCCCGCGGGUUCAUCUCCGCUCGUGAGAUGCACGCGCCGCCGACCAAUCGCAUGACAACUCUCUAGCGCGUAGGUCACGCUUCCCAGUCUCCUUUACAGCAGUUUCCGCCCUAACUCAGCAGCUCCCGAACUUCGUUUUCAAACUUCCUUCACCAUUUGAGAGAAAGUACCAACCUAUCUAUGUAGCUCACUCCCUGCUGCUAUCUUUUUCCUGCAAUUAAUUCCCUACUCGGAUUCGACGAUCUCCUGAAAUGAGAUGGCGUCUUCACAAUCUUCACAAAAUGUGGAGUUGGAGGCUGCCAAGUUUCUACACAAACUCAUUCAAGAUUCUAAAGAUGAGCCUGCGAAACUGGCUACAAAACUCUAUGUGAUUUUGCAACACAUGAAAUCAAGCGGGAAGGAACAUUCGAUGCCGUAUCAAGUAAUAUCAAGGGCCAUGGAGACUGUCAUCAAUCAGCAUGGUCUUGAUAUUGAAGCUUUGAGGUCAUCACGCCUUCCUUUGACCGGUGGAACUCAAAUGGGGGAUUCUUCAACUGCACAAUAUGGAGGAUCUUCUCAGGCAGUUGGAGUUGGGAAAGACUCUAAAGCUGGAUUGGCUGAAAAUGAGAUAUCCAAAGUUGAUCCUUCUGCUUCCAGUAGGUGUAGUGCAGGCCAUGAUUAUUAUCAAGGAUCUGGAACUCAGAGGAGCAGCCAGUCGUUUGAUCAUGAAAGUCCUUCUAGUUUGGACACUAGGUCUGCCAAUUCACAAUCCCAAGAAAGAGGAACGAAUCAGAAGGAUGGUAAAAAGGCUGUUGCUAAGAGGAAGAGGGGUGAUUCAUCUUUACACUCGGAAAUGCAUGUUGACAAUCCCCAACAACUUGAUCCUCGCAAUACCAUAGUUAAUCCAAGGAAGGGGAAAAUGAACAAGGUUGACUCACCAGGGAGUUAUGCAGUUAGAGGUGGUGAAAAUACCAGCUUUAAUAAGGUUCCUAGUAGUGGUCAGCUGGAAGUUUCGUCUUCUUAUGUGUCUGCAGGACAACAGCAAGGGGGUUCUCUUUCAUCUGCACAUGAAAGUCUCACUUCCAGGUGUAUGUGGAAUCAAAAUAAAGCAGGGUUACCCCAUGAAAGAUCUCAAGUUCCGAGAUUCUCUUCGAAUUCUGUUUCUGGUAAUGCAACAGCAGAAAUUCCAUUGCAGCAGUCAGCAAUUUCAUCUCUUGGAUCAAGUGCUUUUAGCAAGGUUCAUGGAGGGAUGCCUGCCACUUCAUAUUCAGCAGGGCCCAUGGGGGAGCCAGGGUUUGCAGGUCUAGUGCAAUACAGUGGUUCUGAACAUCAGAAACAUGGAUUGGCAAAGGGUGCUGUAGCUAGUUCUGCUGAGAAAACCUCAGAAGGCUUUUUUUCUGCUAACCGUGCGGAUGACUUUCCCACUUCACUUUCAACUGGAAAGAUUUUAGAAAAUGAUAGAGGAAGUUCAAACAUGUUUGCAGAGUCAAAUAAAAUUAUCCAGGGUGGCAGGCAAUCUAGUAAUUCAGAAUUGACAAUGAUUAGAUCAACACCUCCUAGAGAUGUUGGAAAAUCUCCUGUUUCACAAGGUUCUGUCUCGCCUGGCAUGCCUUUCAAUGAACAACAGCUGAGACAGCUCAGAGCUCAGUGCCUUGUCUUUUUAGCAUUCAGAAAUGUUUUGCCGCCAAAGAAACUUCAUCUGGAUAUAGCACUUGGAAAUGUUGUUACUAAAGAUGGUGGCACUUUGGAUGGUCCUCGCAAAGAGCUGACUGAUCAUAAAGGAAAGGCACAAUCUUCUAAUGAGCCAACCAAUAUUCCUGAAGUUUUAAUGCCAUGUGGAAGGCUGAAUAAUGCAAAGGAAUUUGAUAAAGUGCUUCCAGGUUUGGGGGGAAGAUUCUUGGAUGAAAACUGUGCAUCCAAAGAAGCUGAUAAACUUAAAGUGAUGGAGGACAAAAGUGGUCUACCUUCUGACCCCUCGAUGCUUGCAGAUGAAAGGAAAUAUCUAUACUCCACAAGGAAACUGGAUGCUGAAAUACAAAGGCAGGAAGCAGUGGAAUCACAGGCAGUUUUCAGCACUGCAAUGCAGCAGCCUGAUUCAGCAAGGGGUGGUUUACCCUUGAGUAACCCUGCGGACAGCAUGGGGAAUGCCUUUCUUCAAGUUGGAAAAACUGACCAUGCUUCUUCUGCACCAUUCAUAAGUAAGCAGGCAAUCCCUGAGGCAGUUAGCUGGACUAGAAUUGGCAGUCAAUCCCUACCAUCCGGCUCCAUUCAGCUCGGAUUGGUUCCAGACAGAAAAGAUAAUGCUCCUAGUCAGUUUCACAUUCUUGGCAAUAGUAAUGCUUCAGAUGAUUCAAAAUUCGAAUUUCAAACAAGAUAUGCUCUAGAUGCGUGUAAAGUUGUUUCAGUUGAUGUUUUGUUAAGAAAUGACGUCUCUUUUACAACAGAACAAGAUGAUGAUGAUAAGUCAGCCGCUUCUACUGAUUCACCACCUUCUCCAAAGUACACCAUGUUAGAGAAAUGGAUUAUGGAUCAGCAGAGGAGGAAACUUUUAACCGAGCAAGGUUGGGCUCUAAAACAGCAGAAAACAAAACAAAGAAUUGCCACUUGUUUUGACAAGUUAAAGGAAACUGUUAGCUCGUCUGAAGACAUAUCUGCAAAAACCAAAAUUGUAAUAGAAUUGAAAAAGCUUCAGCUCUUGGAGCUUCAACGCUGUCUAAGGAGCAGUAAUUUUCUCAAUGAUUUUUUUAAGCCCAUCACAAAUGACAUGGAUCGUUUGAAAUCAUAUAAGAAACAUAAGCAUGGUAGGAGGAUCAAACAACUUGAAAGGUAUGAGCAGAAAAUGAAGGAAGAACGACAAAAGAGGAUACGUGAGAGGCAGAAGGAGUUCUUUGCUGAGAUAGAAGUUCACAAGGAAAGACUGGAAGAUGUGUUUAAGAUUAAGAGAGAACGCUGGAAAGGUUUCAAUAAAUAUGUCAAAGAGUUCCAUAAAAGGAAGGAGCGUACCCAUCGGGAGAAGAUUGACAGAAUCCAGCGUGAGAAGAUUAAUUUAUUGAAAAUCAAUGAUGUUGAGGGGUAUCUGCGAAUGGUGCAGGAUGCAAAAUCAGACCGUGUUAAGCAACUGCUGAAAGAGACGGAGAAGUAUCUUCAAAAGCUUGGAUCCAAGCUACAGGAAGCUAAGUCUAUGGCAAGCCGAUUUGAGAAUGAUAUGGAUGAGUCACGGCAUGCUGCUGUUGUUGAGAAGAAUGAAACUUCUGUUGAGAAUGAAGAUGAAAGUGACCAGGCCAAGCAUUACAUGGAAAGCAAUGAGAAGUACUAUUUGAUGGCUCAUAGUGUAAAAGAAAGCAUUGCAGAACAGCCAACAAGUCUCCUGGGCGGAAAAUUAAGGGAGUAUCAGAUGAAUGGACUAAGGUGGUUGGUUUCACUAUACAACAAUCAUUUGAAUGGCAUUCUUGCUGAUGAAAUGGGUCUUGGGAAAACUGUUCAGGUUAUUUCUCUAAUUUGCUACCUGAUGGAAACAAAAAAUGAUAGAGGGCCUUUCUUGGUGGUUGUACCUUCUUCAGUUUUACCUGGCUGGGAGACUGAAAUCAAUUUCUGGGCACCUGGAAUCCUUAAAAUUGUCUAUUCCGGGCCUCCAGAGGAGAGGCGCAGGCUAUUUAAGGAAAAGAUUGUGCAUCAAAAAUUCAAUGUCCUUUUGACAACUUAUGAAUAUCUGAUGAACAAACACGAUAGACCGAAACUGAGCAAGAUACAUUGGCGCUAUAUAAUAAUUGAUGAAGGCCAUCGCAUAAAGAAUGCUUCUUGCAAAUUGAAUGCUGACUUGAGGCAUUAUCAGAGUUCUCACAGGUUGUUAUUAACUGGAACACCACUACAGAACAAUCUUGAGGAAUUGUGGGCACUGCUCAACUUUUUGCUACCUAACAUAUUUAACUCAGCAGAGGAUUUUUCUCAGUGGUUCAACAAACCAUUUGAGAGUAAUGGUGAUAAUUCAGCCGAUGAAGCCUUACUUUCUGAGGAGGAAAAUUUGUUGAUCAUAAACCGUCUCCACCAAGUUCUUCGACCAUUUGUACUUCGGAGACUGAAACACAAGGUUGAGAAUCAACUGCCUGAGAAGAUUGAGAGACUUGUUCGGUGUGAGGCUUCUGCAUAUCAGAAGCUUCUUAUGAAGAGAGUGGAAGAGAAUCUUGGCUCAAUUGGAAAUUCAAAGGCUCGAUCAGUGCACAACUCAGUUAUGGAGCUUCGUAACAUAUGCAAUCACCCAUACCUUAGCCAGCUUCAUGCGGAUGAGGUUGAUAAUUUGAUACCUAAGCAUUUUCUGCCACCAAUUAUUAGACUUUGUGGAAAGCUUGAGAUGCUAGAUCGUUUGCUACCCAAAUUGAAAGCAACAGACCAUCGGGUUCUUUUCUUUUCCACAAUGACCAGGCUGCUUGAUGUUAUGGAGGAGUAUCUCACUUGGAAACAGUAUCGAUACCUUCGCUUGGAUGGUCAUACCUCUGGAGGUGACCGUGGUUCGCUCAUUGACCGUUUUAACCAACAAGAUUCUCCGUAUUUUAUUUUCUUGCUCAGCAUUCGGGCUGGUGGUGUUGGAGUGAACCUUCAAGCUGCUGAUACUGUGAUCAUAUUUGAUACUGAUUGGAAUCCUCAGGUUGAUCUUCAAGCUCAAGCAAGGGCUCACAGGAUUGGCCAGAAGAGGGAUGUGCUUGUUCUUCGAUUUGAAACAGUCCAAACUGUUGAAGAACAAGUCAGAGCUUCUGCUGAGCAUAAACUGGGAGUUGCUAAUCAGAGCAUUACUGCUGGUUUCUUUGACAAUAAUACAAGUGCAGAAGAUCGAAGGGAAUACUUGGAGUCCCUUUUGCGUGAAUGCAAGAAAGAGGAGGCUGCCCCUGUUUUAGAUGAUGAUGCUCUAAAUGAUCUCUUAGCUCGCAGUGAAUCAGAGAUUGAUGUAUUUGAAUCAGUUGACAAACAAAGGCGGGAUCAAGAGAUGGCAACAUGGAAGAGUUUGUUAUCGGGUCAAGGGAUGGAUGCUUUGGAACCUCUACCAUCUUUGCCUUCACGCCUUGUAACAGAUGAUGACUUGAAAGCACUCUAUGAAGCAAUGAGGUUGUAUGAUAUGCCAAAGGCUGGGGCAGAAUCCAAUGCAGGGGUGAAGCGUAAGGGACAGCAUGUUGGGGGCCUUGAUACUCAACAUUAUGGAAGGGGCAAACGAGCUAGAGAGGUACGCUCUUAUGAAGAGCAAUGGACAGAAGAGGAAUUUGAGAAGAUGUGUCAGGCUGAAUCUCCAGACUCUCCUAAGGUGAAAGAAGAAACAGGAGAGAGGAACUUGCCAAAAGAGGCUAGUGGGUCUUUAUUGGCUAUUGGUAGCACAGAACCUCAAGCUCCACCACAACCUCAAGCUCCACCACAACUGCCACCGCUGCCACCUCCUGUGGAGCCUCUCCUGCUGCAGCAGAGCAAAGAGGUAACUCCUCCAUCAAAACGGGGGCGUGGAAGGCCGAGAAGAGCAACUUCAGAUAAAUCUCCAGCUGCAAUGGUACUCUCAGUACCUCCUGAAACUGGCAAAGUGGAUGCGGAGUUACAGAAGGGAAUAGAGUCUGGCUCCUCAAAAACAUCUCUUGAUUCUUCUCCUGUUCCUAAUUUAGAAGGUAAUAGUGGAGCCACACCUCAUUUAGGAUCAAGGAUUGCUCCCAGUGCUCAGCCAACCACUCCAGUUUCUGUUGCACUUAGCUCACAAAUCACUACUGCCCCCCUUUCUGUGUCAUUGCAAUCAAGAGGUCGAGGACGGAAGGUUCAAGGUGCAGUUCAAACACCACGGCGCAGAGGAAAGAAUCAAGUGGCUGUUUCACCCACCACUUCAACUUCUGCUGUUCCUGAUCCAAAUAUAAAUGAUCAAUCACAGAAUGUAUCUGUCAAUCCAUCCGUAAUUGCCAUGGGUGGAACUGUUUCUAGUGCUCCCAUGCCACAACAUCCUAAUAAUUUUCCUCCUGCUGCUGCUGCUGUAGAGGGUAUUAGUGCAGCCACUCAUCAUUCUGGGCCUGCUUUGGAUUCUCAACCAAACCCUCCCAACCCUUCUAUCUCCCCUACCAUUCAAUCCAUAGUUCCUACUUCUUCAGUUCCUAUGCAAGUUAAAGGGCAAAACCGAAAGACUCAAAGUGGCACCGAAACAACUCGACGCAAAGGAAAGAAAGAGGUGCCAGUAUCACCUUCUGUUCCAGAUGCUUCAGACAGUCAGCUUUCAAAAUCCAAUCCAACGUUGUCACAGGAUAAAUCUGGGGAAUCAGGAAGUAAAGCUAUUUUCAUGGUUAGUAACCAACAGAAUGAUGCUCUGGAAAGAGAUGUUGACCAGGAGCAAGUGUCCCAAGAAGUUGGCCAGGAUAAAAAAGCAUCAGAGCAUUUGGAUGAUGUAGCCCAGCGUAGGCAACCAGCCAGCACUCCUACAACGCAUGAUGGUAUUACCAGAUCUAUGGCUUGUGCAGGAUCUUCUGGACAAAUUCAUGGUGUUGAUAUGCAUGAUGUAGCUUCUGUGACGAAGGAGGUUUCAGCAGUGAAUAGCUCUUCAAAAGCUAAAGUACUUGAAGUUUCUGGGAGUGAAAGUGGAGUUAUCCUGUCUACACCUCAAUUAAGUAAGCGCUUUGCAGAGGUGGGCCAGAAUCAAAACUCAGAGGAUAACCCUUGCCUGGUGGUUUAUCCUGCAACUGAGUCAUUACUCCAUUCUGCCACUGUAGAAGGUGUUUGCAAAACUGUGCAUCAGCUUGCUCCGAAGAUUACUUCCAGCUCUCAGCCAAUUUCAUCUUAUCCUUCUGUUACUCCAGUAUUUCAAUCUAACACUCCUGAAGCCAUGCAAGUUAAAAGGCAAGGUCAUAAAGCUCCUACCAGAGGAGAAGCACCUAGACGAAGAGGUAAGAAACAGGGUUCAGUUUCACCUGCUGUGGAUGCUUCAAUUGGUCAGGAUCCCAUUGUAAAUCCUCAAAUGCAAAUGCAAAAUAAGUCCAGAGAUUCAUUAGGGAGCAAGGUCAUAUCAUUGAGGAGUGGGCAAGGAAAUGAACUCAAGGAGUUGAAGAGUGUUGUUGAGGAAGCACAUAUUCCCAGUGGUUUGGUUGGUCAAGAUCCAAAAAGAAAAGAAGCUAGUGGGAUUCUGGCUGUUGGCCGAAUUCAGACUGCUGACGUAACUGAUGUUGCUCGUGUGAUGAAGGAGAUAUUUUCUGAGACUUGCUCUUCAAAAAAUAAAAUUGGUGACUCUUCUUCAGUUGAAGUUAGAAGUGCCCCUGUUUCAAGUAAGAUGUCUGUGGAGGUGGCAAAAAACCAAAGCUCAGAGGGUAAAGCACUAUCCACUGUGUCAAUUUUAGAAGCUACAGUUCCAGUCAUGGGGAGUUCAAUUGAUGAUUCUAAACAGCCUGGGUCUGGAGAUGGUGUCAAGAUGGAAGGGGAUCAUACUCCUGCUUUGGGUAAGGCUCCUACUUCUGAAAUCAAUCCCUCUAUGCUUGAAAUCAAGAUCAGUCAUGGCCCUGUUGAAAAAAUGACGGAGUUGAUACAGGCUUCCACUGAAAACCCAAUCACGGGAAGUAAUAUGGAAGUCAAUCAUUCAGUUCUUGAUGCUGGUGACAGGGACACUAUUACUUCUCAGAGACCUGCUCCUGAAGGUCUUCUUGGUGAUGGUGGUGAUCCUCCCAUGGUUACCCUAUCUGUUUCAGAUGUAACAGAACACCCUAGGAGUGACUCUGGAAACAAAACGGAGGCUUCAAAAGCAUCUCCUAAGUCUUCUCCACAUGUUGUUAGCCUUGGCAAUAGUACAAUAUCCAUUAAACCUGAUUAUACUGAUUAUUUUUCCUUAGGGACUGUUACUCCUAUUGCAGAUCAUUCAGAUUCAAGAAAUAUCCCAAGUGUAGCUGAUAGUGUAUCAAGCAGUAAUAAGCCUUCUGUGAAAGACUCCCUAGAUUCUUCUUUUGAAAUCAGAGAUGAUGAAGCUAAAACUCAAAUUCAAUCGGGGGUUGAUAUAACCAAGGUUGAGGGUGAGGAGGUCUGCAAAAUGCAAAUUGAUCCUGCUGUAUCAGAGGCCUCUUCUCUUAAAUAUCUGUCUUCUUCCUACAAGAUAGAGCCAAACAAUUCUGCAGCUGGAGCCAGUCAUCGAAAGGAUGCUUUUUCUCAGUUUGGUGGGAUUUUGCUGCAAAAUAUUUCUCCACUCAGAGGAAAUACCUAUGGCCCAUGUGAGAAUGAUCUUGUUGGAAGCUCAGAAGUAGUGGAGGAACCACACAAAUCUAAAGCAGGUAACGAAGCAGAAUAUUCUCAGGUUGGUGCAUUUGUGCCAAAAGUUAUGUCAGAAAACAUGGUUCUACCCUCGUCCUCACUGGCAAGGGAGGAAGAAAAGCACAGUAGACCAUUUGAGCAGGGUUUAGCUGGCAGCUCAAUGGAACCAGAAACAUCAAAGGGGUUUGAGGCUCAAAUGGCCAGUAAAAUGGAUGUAUCUAAUGCUAAUGUUAUCAUUCCAGAAAUUAGACCAGAACACAUGGUUCUACCCCAAUCUUCCUUGGAAGCAGAAGAAAACAUCAAUGGCAUUUUGGAGAAUGAUGUGGCUUGCUGUUUGGUGGUGCCAGAGGGAGCAAAGGGAUCUGAAGUUGAAAAUGAUAGUCAGAUGGGCGCGCAGAAGGUGUCUGAUAGUGUACAAGAAAUUGUGGAAGAAAAGGACAGUAGACCAUUUGAGCAGGGUUUAGCUGGCAGCUCAAUGGAACCAGAAACAUCAAAGGGGUUUGAGGCUCAAAUGGCCAGUAAAAUGGAUGUAUCUAAUGCUAAUGUUAUCAUUCCAGAAAUUAGACCAGAACACAUGGUUCUACCCCAAUCUUCCUUGGAAGCAGAAGAAAACAUCAAUGGCAUUUUGGAGAAUGAUGUGGCUUGCUGUUUGGUGGUGCCAGAGGGAGCAAAGGGAUCUGAAGUUGAAAAUGAUAAUCAGAUGGGCGCGCAGAAGGUGUCUGAUAGUGUACAAGAAAUUGUGGAUCCCUUACCAUCUUCUCUUUUAAUAGAGGAAGAUCAGGUUGAGGGCUCAUCUGAGAAGGGUGCGCUUUGUUUCUCUGUAAUAGUUCAAAAUUCAGGAGGGUCAGAAGCUGAAGCAUGUGAGCAACUAGAUGCAUCUCAUGCUGAGACUUUGGUACAAGAAAAUGUAUCAGAGAACAUGGUUUCGCCAAGAUCAUCCUUGGUAUCAGAGGCACCAGUGGUUGAGGGUUCUUCUGAGCAGGAUAUAUUUGGCUUCUCAGUAGUACUAGAGACAUCUGAAGGGUCUGCUACUAAUAAUGAGGUUCAAGUAAAUCCAUCUCAGACUAACACGGGCAUAUGGAUGCAGGAAUCUGAGAUUGCAAGAUCAUCUGAGAACCACCAAGAUGACAGCUCAGUAGCCAAGAAAUCAAAACCAUCUGCAAUUGAAGAGGGCAGUCAAAUGAUGGUAUCUGAGGUUGGUGGAAUUGUGCAUGAAACUUCUUUGGAAAACAGUUGUGUGCCAUCUGUCUCAGAAACAAAGGCAGAAAACACUAAUUGCUUAUAUGAGAAAAGUUCUCAUUGUGUCUUGCUUGCUCUAGAGGAAUCAAAACAGUCUGAAACUGAAAGUAGCAACCAACUGGUUGUAUCUGAUUUUCCUAUGACCGGGCCUGAAAAUUCUUUGGAGAACAUUUGCCAGUCUUCAUGUUCUCUAACAAUGGAGGUGGAUAAGAUUGAGGGCUCGUCUAAGAAGAGUUCUUGUGACCUGUCAGUAGCAAUGAAGGAAUUAAAAAAGUUUGAAAAAGAAAACAAUGAAUCUCAUGUUGGUAGCAUGGAAUGUGAAGAAAGUCAAGUUGUUGUUACCAGUUCCGAACACACACAGGUUGGUAGCAUUGGACCAGAAGAUACAUCUGGAAAUGGAAACACAGAAAAAUCCUCAUAUUCCUCAGAAAUGCAGGAAGGUAAGAUUGAGGGCUCAUCUCAGAAUAUCCCAGGGGAAUCAAAUAGGUUGGAAGCUGAAACAGAUGAUCAAACUCAGUAUGGUGGGAUGGCUCUAGCCAACAUGUCAGAAAUUAUCAAGGGCUCUUCUAACUCAGGGAUGCAGGAAGACAAGAUUGAGGGCUCAUCUCUGAAUUUACCAGAAGAAUCAAAUAGGUUGAAAGCUGAGACAGAUGAUCAAACUCAAUUUGGUGGGAUGGCUCUAGCGAACAUGCCAGAAAAGAUAGAGGGCUCAUCUCUGAAUGUCCCAGAGGAAUCAAAUAGGUCGGAAACUGAAACAGAUGACCAAGCUCAAUGUGGUGUGAUGGCUCCAGCGAACAUGCUAGGAAAGAUAGAGGCUUUAUCCUCCUCAGGGAUGCAGGAACACAAGAUUGAGGGCUCAUCUCUGAAUGUCUCAGAGGAAUCUAAUAGGUUGGAUGCUGAAACAAAUGACCAAGCUCAAUGUGGUGUGAUGGCUCCAGCGAACGUGCCAGAAAAGGACUUAUCUUCCUCAGGGAUGCAGGAAGACAAGAUCGAGGGCUCUUCUCUGAAUGUCCCAGAGGAAUCAGUAAGGCUGGAAGCUGAAACUGUAAUCGAUGAUGAAACUCAGUGUGAUGGGAUGGCUCCAGCGAAUAUGUUACCUUCGUCUUCUCUCUUGGAGGAAAAGACUGAUGUCUUAUCAGAGAAAGAUCCAGCUGAAUAAUAUUGGUGUAUCCAAAAUUAUCUGAAGUUGUAGAGUGAUAAGCUGUCUUCAGCUCUUCUUUUUAAAGAGAUUCGAUUCGGAACUAUUCUAUGUCCAAGGUCCAAUAUUGGAAUAAUUUCAGAGGUUUUCCUUGACUUUAUCCGUGUCAACAAACAAUUCGAAAUGCCUCGACUUUUUUAGAGCAGGUCCGAGUCAAAUAGCAAUGAUUCGAAGCACUUCUUUUUACACUAUUUCGGAAACCCAAGGACUUGAAUUGUGCCAAGAAAACACCAUCGAGCUUGGCUUCAUUUUUGAACAUCAGCGGGAAGAUUAGAGGGCCAAUUUGAAUAGGACCAGUUGGGAGGUCAGUGGCACUAGAGGAAUCACAAAGAUCCGUGGCUGUUUCUGUUUCAGGUAUUUAUGAACCAAGAAUUUUGCUGUACAGCUGUACUGUAAUUUCCUGAAAUAUAGUCUAUAUUUAAGCUCACUGAAUUUGGCUGACAACACCUAAGUUAAUCAGGUUUUAUAUUGCCCCGUGUAAGUUUUUUAAGUGAUCUAAUUUAUGGUUUGGUUGUGGAGUACCGUGUAUAUUAGUGUUUCUAUUUUGUAGAUAAAUUUAGAGAAAACUCAGGUUUUGUAAAAUUGAAUAAUAGUUUUAAUAUCAAAAUAAACUAGAUAUUUUAUUUA